GCUCCGCAGACCCUGGAACAAGCUCGAGGGGCUGCGAGGCCGCUGAGGCUGCUUGAGUUUAGCACCGUGGGGCUCGAAGUGGACCGAAGCCCAGCAGGAUUCAUGUGGACGCGGCAGCGCGUCGUGCCAGCUGGGCCACACCGUCCGAACCGAACCGAGCCGGCGGCUAAGCUAACGCACCUUUGAUCUGUUAGCAAAGCAGAGACUUUAGCUCCACACUGCUCGGCUAACAACACCUGGUGGAUGAAGGAUGUCCUCCGCCAGUAUCGACCCGCAGACAUCAAAGGGACAAGAUGCAGGCAAAGUGUUUCCAGUCCCGGUGCAGAACGGCUCCCUGCAUCAGAAGGACUCUGUGCAUGAGAACGACUUCGAGCCGUACCUCAGUAGUCAGUCCAGUCAGAAUAACAGCUAUCAGUCCAUGACAGAUCCUUACCUGUCCAGCUACUACGCCCCCUCUAUCGGAUUCCCGUACCCCCUCAAUGAGGCCCCGUGGUCUACAGGAGGUGACCCACCGAUCCCCUACCUGGCACCAUAUGCCCCCCUCAAUAACGGAGACCAUCAUUUCAUGCCUGACACGGUGUUUGGGCAGCCUGGGGGGCUGAGCAGCAGCAUUUAUCCACACAGAUUCAACUUUUUCCCAGAGAAUCCGGCGUUCUCGGCAUGGGGCACCAGCGGUUCUCAGGGCCAGCAGACUCAGAGUUCAGCCUACGGGGGCAGCUACAGCUACCCACCCAGCUCUCUGGGAGGCACGUUGGUCCCUGAUGGUCAGACCGGUUUCCACAGCGACACCCUGAGCAAGGCGCCAGGCAUGAACAGCCUGGAGCAGGGCAUGCUGGGCCUAAAGAUGGGUGGGGAUGUGACGGGAAGUGGCUCGGGUGUGAAGAGUGCAGGCUCGGUGAUCGGUGGCGGUGUCGCUGUAGCUGCUGCCACAGGCAACAGUGGCGUUCCAGUCGGAAUGCCCCCUCAGAAAUCUACAUCGUGGGCGGCCAUUGCUAGUAAACCUGCUAAGCUGCAGCAACAGAAGACGAAGAACAAGCCAUUUGCUCCUUCAGCAGGAGGAGUUCUGCCUCCUCCACUUAAACACAACAUGGACAUGGAUACCUGGGAUCAUAAAGGCAUCGCCGCCAAGAUGGCCACUCCAUUACCUCACCAACAGAUUCACUCCCACGUUCAGAGCCUCAUUCCCCCCCUCCAGCAGUCCCUGCAGUCUGCCCAGUCCCUCGUGCAGCAGAUGACCAUGCAGGGUCCGGCACCGCCACAUUCUUACCAGAACCACAACUCUGCUCCUGCACCUCAGGCCCGGUGGGUAGCUCCACGCAACCGCAACUUGUGCUACAGCGGCGGCAGCCUGGACAGCACCAGCUCCUCCAACAGCGGCGGUGUGGGUAUGGGCGUACCUUCAGAACUGGGACCAGAAUCCCAUCCUGUGCUGGACAAGCUGCGAGCGUCACACAGCUACAACCCCAAGGACUUUGAGUGGAGCCUGAAAAAUGGCCGUGUGUUCAUCAUCAAGAGCUACUCGGAGGACGACAUCCACCGCUCCAUCAAGUACUCCAUCUGGUGCAGCACGGAGCACGGCAACAAGCGCUUGGACUCGGCCUACCGGGCCAUGAACUCUAAAGGUCCUGUCUACCUGUUGUUCAGCGUGAACGGCAGCGGUCAUUUCUGCGGCGUGGCCGAGAUGUGCUCUCCUGUGGACUACGGCACCAGCGCCGGAGUCUGGGCCCAGGACAAGUGGAAGGGCAAGUUUGACGUGAACUGGUUGUUUGUUAAAGAUGUCCCGAACAGCCAGCUGCGCCACAUCCGUCUGGAAAACAACGACAACAAGCCGGUCACCAACUCGCGCGACACGCAGGAGGUUCCUUUGGAAAAAGCCAAGCAGGUGCUGAAGAUUAUUGCCCAGUACAAACACAGCACGUCCAUAUUUGAUGACUUCUCUCACUACGAGAAGAAGCAGGAGGAGGACGAGGUGGUCAAGAAGAGUUAUGAGCCUGUUUCAAUACAAAGUCGAUCCAGAACCGAUCAGGAUCGUCAGAAGUGAAGUGUCUGAGAUCGACGCGUGUGUUUGGGUUGAAAUGAUGACAUUAAGGACAUAAUGAAAUAAAAAUACUUUUUUUAAUUUAAUUUUCACCACUUUGGCCCGUACGAAACUUUCUCUGGUUACUUUGUAACGCGUGCAGGGAUGAAACUACCGGUAGUUCAACCGUUUCAAUAACAUUGUAGUUUUCAGUCUUUUUUAAAUCUCUACUGCUGCCCUGGAGUUGAGAAACUCAGCUCCGUGGAAGGACGUGCACGUGUGUUUGUGCACGUGUGUUUGGGACAACAAGCUGCUGGUGUUCACGUUGUGGUUUGUGUGAAGUAACGGUUAAUCUUAACGAGUGCACACUUUUCUGACAAACGUCUGCUCUGUCUUUAUAUCAUUAGGACACAAUCAUUUUAAUUGUUUUUAUCAUUUGAGGAAAAUUUUACUUUGAAAAACUACGAGUUUGUUUCUGCACAAAUAUAAAAGUGAGAAGCUGCGGCAUCCCUGAACCCAGAAUAUAUCUAAUUCACUUAAUUAAAUUCAAUGUUUGGAACUCUGAACUGUCCCUAGGUGUGAAUAGUUGUCUCAUUU